UCUGAUUUCCGGCGUAUCCGGUUUUCAAUAAAGCGAACUGAUCGACGAAUAGUUGUUGAGACAGCUUUAUCUGAUUCUCCGGCAACCAUUUCCAAUACUCCGACGGUUCUCCGAUUAACCGGAGAGGAAGAUGAAUCAAGUGGUGAUGGUGCCGUUUCCAGGCAGAGGCCACAUAAACCCUAUGCUGAAUCUCUGCAACUUGCUCUCGUCUCGAGUGAAUGAACCCAAUCGCACCACCGUCUUCACCGUUGUUCUCACCGAGGAAUGGCUGGGAUUAAUCAAUCCCGAUCUGAAGCAAGCUAACGUGCGGUUCGCUACUAUACCUAACGUCCUGCCUUCCGAGCUUCAUCGUGGAUCCAACAUGAUUGCUUUUCUAACCGCCGUUUGUACCAAAAUGGAACUUCCUUUCGAGGAGGUGCUUGAUCAGAUGGAGAUUCCGGUGGAACUCAUUAUAGCCGAUGCACAUAUGUAUUGGCCGUUUGACGUUGCUAACAAGAGGAAUAUUCCGGUAACGGCAUAUUGGCCGCUGUCUGCCUCCAUGUUUUCCGUUAUACACCAUGCUGAUCUCCUUGAAUCGCACCAUCACCUUGGCGUCGAUGUAUCAGAAAGAGGAAAGGAGUGCAUAGACUAUAUUCCUGGAGUGUCUGCAUUCACAGUAGCAGACAUUCCGGAAAUACUUCAUGUGGGGAUCCUUAAAGACAUAACAUCUGAUCUUCUCGUAGUAACCCAGAAAGCAAAUUCUCUCCUAUUAUCCACCAUUUACGACUUAGAAUCCGAUGCCAUUGAUGUCCUCAAAUCCAGAUUGAAAAUACCCAUCUUCACAGCUGGACCAAACAUACCAUUAUCCUCACAAAUCAACUCCAUUAAUCCACAACCCAUUUACAUAAACUGGUUAGACUCUAAACCUCCAAGAACAGUCUUGUAUGUUUCUUUCGGUAGCUUUUUACCGAUAUCGGAUGUUGAAUUGGAAGAAAUCGUAGCCGGUUUACGAUCGAGUGGUGUCAGCUUCUUGUGGGUUGCUAGAGGAAAAACUGCGGAUUUGAAAGAAAUGUGUGGUGAAGAAGGGAUGGUGGUGGAAUGGUGUGAUCAAAUGGCGGUUUUGUUGCAUUCGUCGAUAGGUGGGUUUUGGACGCACUGUGGGUGGAAUUCGGUGAAGGAGGGAUUGUUUUCGGGUGUGCCGAUGCUCACUUUGCCAAUAUUUCUUGAUCAACCGCUUAACGAGAAAGCGAUUGUUGAAGAUUGGAAGGUCGGAAGGAAGGCGAGAACGGAGAUGGGGGGUUUUAAGAGGAGGGAUGAGAUUGCGGAGGUUGUAAGACGGUUUAUGGAUUCAGAGAGUGUCGAGAGGAUCGGGAUGAUGGAGAGGGCGGAGAAACUUCGAGAAAUUUGUCGUGAUAGCGUCGGUGAUGGUGGAUCGGCGAACGAAGAUCUUGGAGCUUUUAUUAGGGAUAUUGUAACGAUACGAAAGUAAGGAACAAGGUAACGAUGUCCCUAUGCUUUAUUUCUUCCUAUUCGGUAUUCAUCUUGACAUUUAGAUAUUGUAACUAUCAAUGACGUGAAUGUUAAACUCUCAAGUGAUAUUAUAAUUGUUGAUUACUUG